AUGGCGGACAAAUUAGACCGCAGCCUCGACGAGAUCCUCGGUGAGAAGUAUGCGACCACGGAGCUUACUCGACGUAUUCACAGAAGACCGACGGCCCUCGCAACCGCCGCGGAGGCGGCGGAGGUGCUCCUCGCAGACGUGACCGCGAACGUCAAGAAUACCCUCGUGACGGCGUCAGAAAGAGAUUCCAGCAGCGCAAAGAUCCGUGUCGAGAACGUCCAUUACGAAUUGACUCCGGAGGAUUUGGAGGAACUCUUCAACAGGAUCGGACCUGUCGCCAAGCUGGACCUCAAGUAUGACCGCGCUGGACGCUCGGAGGGCGUUGCAUUUGUUACCAUGGAGUCCCGCGAGGAUGCUCUGGAGGCGGUUAAGGAGUUUGACGGCGCCAAUGCCAACGGCCAACCUAUCAGGUUGUCAAUCAUGCCUGGCGGACCGGGUCCUCGAUCCCGUAACCCUUUCGACUCAGCAGUGAUGCCGGGCCGUCCUCUGGCCGAACGUAUCUCUGCUCCUGGCGGUCGUUCAAGAUCAAUGUCGCCUGGGCGCAAAUAUGACGUCGACGAAGCUGCCAGCAGGGGCAUCGACAGAUACGUCCCUGGGAACCGCUCCGGAAACCGCUCGCGCAGCCCCAUGCCCCGGAGACGUGGCGGUGGCGGCGGUGGUCGUAGGCCAGGCGCGCGCAGGGAAGGAGGAGGCAGAGAUGGAGGCAGAGAUGGAGGCAGAGAUGGAGGACGAGACCAAGAGGGUGGGAGAGGUGGCCGCUCGGGUAGAGACGGGCGCACUCGGAAGACUCAAGAGGAACUGGAUGCCGAGAUGGCAGAUUACUUUGGUGGAGGAAACUCCGGAGAGCCUGCGCCUCAGCCAAACGGUGCCGCCACCGCUACUGCUGCUGCCGCGGUACCCGCCGCGAACGACGAUAUCGAUAUGAUCGAGUAA